UAGGGCGGAGAGAUUGGGCUACUUUGUGGGCGUUGUCGGUCACAUGGCAGGUCAGCAUUUAAAUGAUUGCAGGUUACCUCACCUAUUCAGUAGAAUUCAAGAGGAAGAAAUCUGUAGCUGCGGGAAUCCCAUGCUUUUGUGCGCAAUUAAUACGUGUGGAAACGGUGGAGUUUGGUCGCGGAGCUGGCUUAUUGCUCUUGACGAAUAAAAACAGUUAACUGCUUCUAUAAGCACAGUACCUGUUUCAAAACGACUUAACAGACUAUACUGGUGAAGGUUUACAAAGGGUUUCAAUGGAGCCCAAAACUGUGGGAAAGGAGAAGUUCUUCAUCGUGAUACGCGGGAAGGCGAGGAAAGGCUUCUGCCGAGGAUGCGUCGGCCGUGUGGAGGCAGAGACGCAGGGCGGAGAGCUGAUGGGGCUGCUGUACUCUGGCUGCAGCAACGCAGGGAGCCCCAAGACCGGAGGCAUCGUGAGGAGGGAGGACACGUACCCUCUGACCCGCCACCAAGCCCAGCUACUGCUCUUCGUUUCCCCCGCAAGCAAACGCCUUGAGCUGCUGUGUAACCCGCAGCUGUUCUCAGCCAUCUGUGAGCUGUCUCAGGAUGACCUGGUGGUGGUCAAGCACAAGAAGGGACACCUGCCCGGGCUGGUGAAGAAUAUGAUGCUAAUUGGGAGGAAGGAGAACAAAGACGACUUGCACAUGCUUGGCUUUGAGGUGGAAUUUGUGGACAUUGAUGACAAUUUGUCAUCCAAGAAACCUGCUCCUCUGCCCCUGUUCAGUGCUGCUGACAUCGUCCAGGUGGUCCCAUCUUACUCCGUUCCCCUCGGACUGCACUGGAAAGACAGCCAAUGUGGGAGUCUGAACAGAAAAGCGGUGACUCGCAUCAACUCCAUGCCAAAUGUAGGAUCUCGUGCACGACAAGUGAGAGAGAACCAUACAGAGCAGAGUGUCAUUCAGAGCCAAAGUUCGAGCACGUCUCAUGCAUCUUUUGAGGUGGGAUCCAUGGUGGAGGUGGUGUCCAACACAGGGAUCACAGUGUAUGGAGUCGUCCGGUGGUUGGGGGUCCCUGGAGGGAAGACAGAUGAAUGGGCUGGGAUUGAAUUGGACUAUGAUGUGAACGGCUGCUCUGAUGGGAAGUACGGAAGCCAGAGGUAUUUCACCUGCAAAGGGAACAGGGGGUUGUUUGUUCCUGUCACAAAGUGCAGCCCCGAUAGCAGGUUCUUCUGCUCCUCUACAGGAAGUGAGACCCACCAACCCACUGAAGCGGGUCCAGUUUCUCCAUUUGAGGACUCAGACAAAGAUACGCCACCUAUCCCUGAAUCAGAGGCCUCGUCUUUGUUAGUGGGAAAAAUGAAAGGGAUUCAGGGUCACUUCAACUCCUGUUACCUUGAUGCCACACUCUUCAGUUUGUUCAGCUCAUCUGUGACCCUGGAGCAUAUCUGCCAGAAGCCUGCUGACACAGAGAAACCCAUAACCUGCAGUCUUAGAAAAAUAGUCAACUGUUUACGCAGACGAGGCUUUGUGCCUGCUCAGAGUGUGAUGAAUUUCCGUGAACAGCUCGGCUGCGACACCUUCCGAACAGAGGAAAAAGACCCAGAGGAGUUCAUCACGCUCCUCUUUCAGAAGGUGCUUUGCGUGGAGCCGCUGCUCAAGCUCAGAUCGGGACAAGAAACAUCUCAGGGCGCCUACACCUUCCAGAUCUUUCUGGAAAAAGAACAAAUGGGACAGAUGCCCACCGUGCAACAGCUGCUGGACACAUCCUGUCUGUCGAGUGACCUCAAGUUUGAAGAGAUGCCGUCCUGUCUCAUGGUUCAGAUGCCAAGGUUUGGGAACAAGUAUAAGAUGUUUUCUCACAUCAUUCCCUCCACUGAGCUAGACAUCACAGAUCUCCUUUACAACUCUCCAAGGGAAUGCUUCGUCUGUGGGCAUUUGGCAGAAUACGAGUGUCUUCAGUGUCUAACAGAUCGCAAACUGCAGCCAGGGAGAAUCAAACAGUACUGCACUGUCUGCAACACACAGGUGCACACUCAUUCCUCGCGGCAGGGUCACUCCCCCAAACCUCUAGCAGUACCAGCAGAAGUAUCCUCUGAUAAUCCUGUGCCCAGGCACACGAUGCAGCUGUUUGCUGUGCUCUGCAUUCAAACCAGCCACUAUGUGUCCUUUGUCAAAUAUGGCCUUAAUCCUCACUCCUGGCUCUUCUUUGACAGCAUGGCUGACAGAUGUGGUGGUGAUCAACGUGGCUACAACAUUCCCGAGAUCAGAGCUUGCCCGGAGCUGGGUGACUUCCUGUCCCAGCCAGAGGAGGAGCUGGCUCGGGCUAACCCCUCCCAGGCUCCUGAACUAGUGCGCAGGCUGCUGUGUGACUCCUACAUGUUUUUAUACCAGAACCCAGCCACGCCACUUUCAAAGCCAAACCAUCAGGAGUCUUAAACGCAUGUGAGGGCGAGGAGACAAUGUUCCCAUAACAGUGCCUUAGUAACCUUGCAUCUCUGCUUAAUCAGCAAGAUUUUGUGUUUGUGACAUCUAAACAGCAGGAACUGAAAUGGAUGUUUGUAAAGUAUUGUUGAAGAGCAAAAGAAUAUUGUAGUUCAGAAAUGUCUUUAUCUCUUGAAUGUCUUGCUGUUAUUACACUGAUUAUUUAUACUAAGAGUUUUAAAAGAAAUUGUAGCCUGUCA